UGCUCAAUCUUUAUAAACUUCAGACUUUUGGUCUCACUCAGAAACCCGCACACAGUUAGUAAACUAAUCUCUCUAAAUUACUAAGACCAUGGCUCUAACUGUGCGUGGUUUCAUCGUCAUGCCAAAUACCAACAUCGUCCAAAUUCCCAGUUGCGAGUCCUACCGACAUCGACCUGUGAAUACGCUGCAGAUCACGCAUCACGACCAUAUGUACGCCCGCAGGAAUAUUAGUCACUCCAUAAAAUGUGGAGGUAAAAGCAGGCCACCGAUCAGCAAAGGGGGCGGUGGGAAAAUUAAUGGGACGACGAAGUUGAGGGAGCGGAAUGUUUCUGAUCAAAUCAGCAGCUCAAAGACUGAUCAGAACGAUGGCAAGCAAACUAACGGAGAUGCCAAAGCUACAACAAGAAAGACUGGGUCUACUGGUUGAGUACUAUACAUAUCAGUUACUCUUUUUAGUUAAGUGAUAAGCUGUGUGGAGUCUGUGAUGGAUUUAAGCCCUAGUUUGGGGUUGA